ACAAUCUUUACCGGUCGUUUCUGAUGUCAACGUUGAUAAUCUUGAUACCUUUAAAAAUUCAGAUGAUGUUGUAAUCAUUGGAUUCUGGGAUUCUGAAAGUCAAAAUGAACACGAUAUUUUUAAUACAGUUGCUGAGAGUUUGCGUAAUGAAUAUGUAUUUGGUCAAACGGGACAAAAAGAGGCAGCAACCAAGGCUGAAGUCACGGCACCAGCUGUUGUCCUUUAUAAGAAAUUCGAUGAGGGCAAGAAUGAAUUGAAGAGUCCAUUCACAAAAGAUCAAUUGGAAACCUUCAUAAAGGUCAACUCUGUUCCAUUAUUGGCAGAAAUUGGUCCUGACAACUAUGGUUCAUACGUUGAUGCUGGAUUACCAAUCGCAUUCCUAUUUUAUGAGAAUGACGAGCAACGUGCUUCUCUUGGUAAAGCCGUAGAGCCAGUUGCUAAGAAUUUCAAAGGCAAGGUGAACUUUGUAUACAUUGAUGCUGGUAAAUUCGGAAAACAUGCAGAUAACAUUAACUUGAAACAAAAAUGGCCGGCUUUUGGAAUUCAACACCCGGUUGACGAAACCAAAUAUCCAUUCAACCAAAGUGAAGAAAUUACACCGGAAAACAUUCAAUCCUUU